AAAAAGAGACAGUAAUUCCCUUUUUUUUCUUCAUUCAUUCAUCUUCUCUCUACUUUCUCUCUCCUCAUUUUCUCUCUCUACUUUCUCUCUCCUCUUUCUGGGUCUUCUCUUGCUUGACUACUAUCACGAUCUUCUCUCUCCUCGACCUUCAGCUUGAUCUCUUAUGGUUCAAUCGUUUGAUUUUUGGUUCAACCUUUGAAAUCGGCGUAAGUCAGCUGGUCAAAAUUUUGGUUCGAUCGACGCGUUUUUGGUCAAUUUUGAGGGCUCCAGCUGGGGGUGUUUUAGAUUUGGCGUGCUGAUGCUGAGGAAUUAGAUAGAUUCAGAGCUUGCUUCUCUGAUUGGGGGAACAAGAUGUUGGAGGCUUCGAAGUUUACCGGGAUCAUAGGCAUUAACAACAAUGACAACAAAUUUUAUGACUUCUACAAGCUUGGUGUUGGUGAGAAUUCCAACAUGUCGAUUGACAGUUACGCGAGUUUGGCAGCGAGUAAUGGUGGGGGAUCUGUAGCAAUGUCUGUUGAUAAUAGCAGUGUGGGUUCUAAUGAUUCACACACUCGUAUGUUGGGUCAUCAAGGAUUGAAGUGCGUCAAAGAUAAUUAUUCGGUUGCUGGAAGCAAUAAUCAUCGAGGAAGGGUAACCCAUGCUUUAAGUGAUGAUGCACUUGCUCAAGCUCUUAUGGAUCCUAAUUAUCCUACUGAGGGCCUCGAGAAUUUUGAGGAGUGGACCAUCGACUUGAGGAAGCUUAACAUGGGCGAUGCAUUUGCACAGGGAGCUUUUGGGAAGCUUUACAGGGGCACUUAUGAAGGUGAGGAGGUUGCUAUUAAAAUUUUGGAGAGGCCAGAGAAUGAUCAGGAUAGGGCCCAGCUGAUGGAGCAACAAUUUCAGCAAGAGGUUAUGAUGCUUGCUACAUUGAAGCAUCCAAAUAUUGUUCGGUUCAUUGGAGCUUGCCGAAAACCCAUGGUCUGGUGUAUUGUUACUGAAUAUGCAAAGGGUGGUUCCGUUAGACAAUUCUUGACAAAGAGGCAUAACAGAUCAGUGCCUUUGAAAUUAGCUGUUAAGCAGGCUUUGGAUGUGGCUAGAGGAAUGGAGUAUGUCCACCAGCUUGGACUGAUCCACAGGGAUUUGAAGUCCGACAAUCUGUUGAUUUUUGCUGAUAAAUCCAUAAAAAUUGCGGACUUUGGAGUUGCUAGGAUUGAGGUUCAGACUGAAGGAAUGACUCCAGAGACUGGAACAUACCGCUGGAUGGCUCCUGAAAUGAUCCAGCAUAGGCCUUAUACACAGAAGGUUGACGUGUACAGUUUUGGAAUUGUCCUUUGGGAGCUGAUUACGGGUAUGCUCCCAUUCCAGAAUAUGACUGCUGUUCAGGCAGCAUUUGCCGUUGUCAACAAGGGUGUCCGCCCAAUUAUCCCAGCUGACUGCUUGCCUGUUCUUGCUGAGAUCAUGACCCGUUGUUGGGACCCCAAUCCCGAUGUGAGGCCGCCCUUCUCAGAUGUGGUGAAGAUGCUCGAGCAUGCAGAGACCGAGAUCAUGACAACUGUUCGUAAGGCGCGCUUCAGGUGCUGCAUUACACAACCUAUGACUGCAGAUUAAUGCACAGAGGAAGAGAAAGAAAAAGAAAAAGACGAGACAGGAGAGGAGAGGAACAAAAGGGAUAGACAGAUUUGUGGGGGGUUAUUCAGAAGGAUUUGGUACAGCCAAAGUCUUGCAGGGAAGGUUGUUUUACUUAACCGUGUAUCUAUCAGGAUAUGAUUUUCUUACAUUCAGCUUAGAAAAAAAAGGUGGAAAAAUCAAGAUAAAAGUCGAGAACUUCUGGGUUUUCUGCUUUUUUUUUUUUCCUUUUUUUUUUGUUUCUUUUUUUUUCCCUUAAAUUAUAAUUCAAAUGGAUUUCUAUGGUUGCCCUUAGUAGGAGGAAGAGAAGAUAUGUGAUCUGUAUUUAUACAUGCGCCCUCGCUCUUGCUAUGAUAUUUAUCUAGUUUAAUUGUUUUGAUGAUAAAAAAAAGGAGGGAAAUUUCAUAUUA